ACUUCGAAUCGAAUUCGAAGUCGUAGUAUCCUAUUCGAUGGUCGAAGUAUCCAAAAAAUUACUUUGCUUUUUGAAUUUUAUUGCUUCGAAAAUUCCAUCGAAUUCACUUCGACCCUUGAUAAAUCUGCACCUAAGUGUAAAAUGCUGAAUUUGCUUCAUGCAAUUACAGCUGUGCUGAAUUUACUUGUAUUUGUAAAAAGACAAAAGGGUAGUUAAAAAGACCAAACUAGCGCAAAUGUGGAGCAGAAUACAUACAAACAAUCUAUCAAAUGUUGUUCUAUUCCAGAAAAGCUGGCUAUUUUGCACAUUAUCAAAUAACUGGAAAAAAUGAAAUUCGCUUGAACAAACCUAUUCUGAAUUUACGACCAAGGAAAGAUACAGUGCAAAUACUCCUACAUGAAAUGAUACACUACUACCUGUUUAUCAAAGAUAUACCUGACAUAAAUCAUGGGACAGCCUUUCAGAAUGAAAUGGAACGUAUCAACAGAGAAAGUGGUGCAAAUAUUACGAUUAUCGCCCCUUUCGAUUAUGAAUAUGAGGCUCUCAAGUGCCACUGGUGGAAAUGUGAUGGACCCUGUGGAGAAUUAGUAAAAAGAAUUAGGAAUGCCGCUCCAGGCUCCAAGGCACACAAGCGCAAAUGCGGAGGAAACUUUAUAAAAAUUCAGGAACCUGCAAAUAAGAGGAGCAAAUCUGACCUAUAGAAUUUACAAGGGAAUAUUAUGGAAUCUUCCCUCUUGAGAAAGCCAACAUCAACAUAAAAGCACCAGGAGAAGAACUACAGUCUUCACCUGGUGUUCACAAGAAACAGAAAAGACUCAGCAUACAGCCCUACUCAAAUCAAGACUUCAGGCUAAAGGCAGGACCGCCAUCAGAAAUCGCAGGGCCCCAUACGACAAAAUUUCCUGGGCCCCCUGGGCUGCACCCACCGCAAGCCCCACCUACAGGUCUGCCUUCCCCUCCCCACAGGUCAGCC